AUGGCGGAUCUCUUCAGCAUUGCUGAAGAAAAUUUGCCAUUUGAGGAGAAUCUGAUAAAGAACCCUUACAAUGUUAAGGCCUGGCUCAGAUAUGUUCAAUUUCAGAAAUCAGGCUCUCCCCACAUUUUGUAUUUGACCUAUGAAAGAGCCUUAAAACAGUUACCUGGAAGUUAUAAAUUGUGGUACAAUUACUUGAAACUCCGACGUCAACACUCUAGAAGAAUGUGUCCUGGUAGUUUAAUUUAUGAAGAAACGAAUAAUGCACAUGAGCGCGCUCUUGUAACAAUGCACAAGAUGCCUCGUAUUUGGACGGAUUAUCUUCAAUUUCUAAUGUUUCAAGGUUAUAUAACGCUGACACGUCGUACGUUUGAUCGAGCCUUGAAAGCCUUGCCAAUUACACAACAUGAACGGAUAUGGCGUAUUUAUCUCAGAUUUGCUGACAAGCAUGGCGCGGAUGUAAAUGAAUCAUGUGCUCGCAUCUAUCGCCGUUACGUUAAGUUUGCCCCUGAUGAUAUUGAACGAUUUAUCAACUUUCUAAUGCGCAACGGGAAUGUUAAUGAGGCUGCCAUUCUCUUAGCGAAGGCAAUUAAUGAGGAGAAUUUCAUUAGUCGUGAGGGCAAAUCAAAAUUCCAGUUGUGGCAGGUGUUGUGUGACCUUCUCGUAAAAAACCCAACAAAAGUAACCUCUCUUGAUGCAGAUGCUAUUAUUCGGCAAGGAAUAAGUCGCUACACAGACCAGGUGGGAAUACUGUGGACUUCUUUGGCCGACUUUUACAUCCGAAGCGGAAAUCUUUCGCGAGCUAGGGAUGUUUACGCUGAAGCUAUUUCCACUGUCAUUACGGUCCGUGAUUUCAGUCAGACAUUCGACGCAUACGCGGAGUUCGAACAAUCUAUCACCAAAGCCCAUAUGGAGGCCCUGGAAAAGCGUUCGAAUGUAACUGAAACUGACGAAAUGGAAGUAGAGCUAUGCCUGGCCAGAUUGGAGUCGCUGAUGGAACGCCGACCUCUCCUACUAAAUAGCGUUCUUCUCAGACAAAAUCCGCAUAACGUAAACGACUGGCUGCAGCGAGUUGAACUACUCGAACCACAGGGUCCACGAAAGCAGAUUGAAGCGUUUAUGGAGGGUAUCAGCUCAGUAGAUCCGGCCAAAGCAACAGCUGGUCGACCAUCAACUUUGUGGAUAGAACUGGCACGUCUCUACGAAAAGCAUAAUCAGUUGUCGGACGCCAGGAUGGUUCUGCAGAAAGCAACUGGGGUCGGUUUUAUCCAUGUUGAGGACUUGGCCUCCAUUUGGUGUGAAUGGGCUGAAAUGGAAAUUCGUCAUGGUGAAGUCGAAACCGCUCUUCAACUGCUCGCGCGAGCUGUAACUCCGGUGGCUUCACACAAGGUUGACUACUACGAUCGCUCAGAACCGGUUCAAAAUCGCCUUCACAAGUCUAUACGGCUUUGGACCUUGUACACCGACCUAGAGGAGAGUUUCGGUACCUUCCAAACCACAAAGGCUGCUUACGACCGUAUGAUCGAUUAUCGGAUCGCUACGCCACAAAUUAUAAUGAACUAUGGUCUUUUCCUGGAAGAGCACAACUACUUUGAAGAGGCCUUCAAGGCCUACGAAAAGGGAGUCGCCAUCUUCCGAUGGCCAAACGUUUUUGAUAUUUGGGCGACGUAUCUCACAAACUUCAUGGAGCGCUAUGGAGGGAGCAAAUUAGAACGUGCUCGAGAUCUAUUUGAACAAUGCCUUGAAAAAUGUCCUUCUGAGUUUGCUAAGCAAUUAUACCUCUUGUACGCAAAACUUGAAGAAGAUCAUGGUCUGGCUCGACGCGCAAUCAAGAUUUAUGAGCGUGCAACCGAAGCAGUUGAACCGGAGGAGCGAUUCACUAUGUUCAAUAUCUACAUCCAGCGCAUCGCAGAUCUUCACGGCGUAACCCAUACACGGGCAGCCUACGAGCAAGCCAUCGAAAGGCUACCAGAGAAGCACGCUCGCCAAAUGUGCCUCCGUUUCGCUGAUUUGGAGAGGAAAUUGGGUGAAGUUGACCGCGCACGUGCUGUUUACGCUUAUGCUGCUCAAAUGUGUGAUCCCCGAACAGAGCCGGAAUUUUGGAAAAUUUGGAAGGAAUUUGAGCUAGCUCAUGGAAAUGAGGAUACACUGCGCGAAAUGCUUCGUAUCAAGCGCAGUGUGCAGGCUACUUAUAACACAAAAGUAAGCUUCAUGGCAAGUCAUCUAGCUGCUACAAAAGAGCGGGCCGAGAACCCAAUGCAAGCAGUCGAGUCGGCCAUCACAACAGAGGAGACCUCUGUAGCCAAACGACCACUAAUUGUUUUUAAAUCAGCUGGCGUUGUCAGUCAGGUAGGCUCCGAAGAUGGUAGCGGUGGUGGAGUUAUGAGUGGAACUGCCCUUAGCAAUCCAGAGGCCAUUGACAUUGAUUUACCAGUGGACAAUGAAGAUGAGGAUAGCGAAGGAAUGGAGGCAGAGGGAGAAGAGGCGAGAAUACUCGAAGACCGGGAAGACGGCUCAAAGUCUCGUCUUCGGAUCGAAAAGCAGCCGGUUCCUUCUGCUGUCUUUGGAAGUCUUAAGGACGAUAAUGAUGACUAA